AUGAAAAAGCAAAAUAGAAAACCAACUAAAGCAGUGAGCAUUCGAAGUUUGUUUCGAUAUGCUACUUUUGCUGAUUUACUUUACAUGUUAUUGGCAAUCAUUACUUCUGCAGCAUUUGGUGCUACUAAUCCUUUAUUUUUCGUUGUUUUUGUAAUCGGUUGUGUUAUUAUUAUAUGUGGUUAUAUUCGAGUAACAGCUUUUAAUAUAACAGCAGAGAGACAAACUCGAACUAUUCGACAAACUUUAUUUCAAUCAAUUCUCAAAAAAGAUGUUGUCUAUUUUGACACUCAUAAGACAGGUGAACUUAGUACACUUAUAUCAGAUGAUAUCAAUAAAAUUCGUGAUGGUAUUGGUGAUAAACUUGGUGCAUUAAUAGAUACGAUUUCGAUUUUUAUAUGUUGUAUUAUUAUUGGUUUUGUCAAAGGAUGGAAAUUAGCAUUAGUUAUUUUCUCCACAUUACCAGUAAUAGUUACAACAUUCAUAAUUACAUCCAAACUUAUUACGAGCUUGACUACGAUUGAACUAAACGCAUAUAGAAAAGCCGGAGCGGUUGCUGAAGAAGUAAUUACUUCAAUUCGUACUGUUCUAUCGUACAAUGGUCAAGAAAAAGAAAUACAGCGCUCUGUUUACAGUUUGGAACAUAUUAGUCCACAAUUUCAAGCAUUAAUUCAAGCUCAAGUUGCUGCUUACACUGUACAGGAAGUCAUCGACGAACCGUCAACAAUUAAUAGUGAUUCAGAGACAGGUCUCAAAAAAGAUGAUCUCAUUGGUGAUAUUCGUUUUUCAAAUGUGCAUUUCUCUUAUCCAUCACGACGAGAUGUUAAAGUUCUUACUAAUCUAUCAUUCGAUGUCAAGCGUGGUCAGACUGUUGCUCUUAUUGGUUCAUCUGGUUCUGGAAAAUCAACAUGUAUACAAUUAUUACAACGAUUCUAUGAUCAAGAUUCAGGAUCAAUAUUCAUUGAUGAAAAACAAAUUAAUGAAUACAAUUUGAAAUGGUUACGACAACAUAUUGGUGUUGUUAGUCAAGAACCUAUUUUAUUUCAUGCAACUAUUCGUGAAAAUAUUCUAUUUGGACGUGAUUCAGCUACUGAUGAAGAAAUACAUGAAGCAGCCAAGAUGGCUAAUGCACAUGAUUUUAUCAUGACUCUACCUGAUAAAUAUGAAACCCAAGUAGGUGAACGUGGAGCUGCAUUAUCCGGUGGACAAAAGCAAAGAAUUGCUAUCGCUCGAGCACUUAUUCGAAAUCCGAAAAUUUUACUUCUUGAUGAAGCUACUAGUGCACUUGAUAAUGAAAGUGAAAAGAUAGUACAGGACGCUUUAUAUCGUACUGCUAAAGGUCGAACAACAUUAGUAAUUGCACAUCGUUUAUCAACGAUUCGUAAUGCUGACAAAAUCAUUGUGAUGCAAAAGGGAGAAAUUGUUGAAGAAGGUGAUCAUGAUUCUUUAAUGAGCAUUCGUGGUACAUACUUUACUCUUAUUGAACAACAAAGUUUACAUCAAGCUGAAGAAGAAGAAGAACUAGAAUUUGAACAACAACAAGCUGCAAAGAUACUUCUUUCUGAUCAACUAUGUUUAGAUAAUUCGAAUAUUAAAAGAAAUUGCAGCUCAACAUUAGUUAGUAUUACUCCAUCAACAUUGGAUGUAUUCUGUGAUAAAGAUGCUCGAAAUCAAAAAAUUAUUCUCUAUGCUUUACUUCAUAUUGGUUUGGGAAUUGUAGGUCUAAUAUCUCAAACACUUCAAAGUUGUAUGUUUGCUUAUUCUGGUGAAACUCUCACCAAACGACUUCGCUCAGAAGCUUUUCGUGCUAUUCUUCGUCAAGAAAUUAAUUAUUUUGAUCAAGCAAGACAUAAUACAGGUGUAUUAUGUACACGCUUAGCAACUGAAGCAUCAGCUGUACAAGGCGCAAGCGGACAACUCGAAUUUGAUGGUGUUGAUUUUGUCUAUCCAAAUAGACCUGAAUUACUUAUUCUUAGAAAUUUUAGACUUAAUAUCAAAGCUGGUCAAAAAAUAGCACUUGUUGGCACAUCUGGCUGUGGAAAAUCUACAACUAUUCAAUUAAUUGAACGAUUUUAUGACCCAAAUAUUGGUUGUUUGUUAGCUGACUCAAAAGAUGUAAGAAGUCUUAAUCUACAAUGGUAUCGUUCACAAAUUAGUAUUGUUUCACAAGAACCAAUUCUCUUUGAUAUGUCAAUUCGUGAAAAUAUUGCUUAUGGUGAUUCUAGUCGAAAAGAUAUUCCACUUGAUGAAAUAAUUAGGGCAGCUAAAAAUUCUAAUAUUCAUGAUUUUAUUCAAGGUCUUCCAAAUGGGUAUGAAACAAAUUGUGGUUCAAAAGGAAUACAAUUAUCAGGUGGACAAAAACAACGAAUUGCUAUUGCUAGAGCUUUAAUUCGAAAUCCAAAAAUUAUAUUGCUUGAUGAAGCAACAAGUGCUUUGGAUAGUGAAAGUGAAAAAUUAGUUCAAGAAGCAUUAGAUCGUGCUCAAGAAAAUCGAACAUCAAUCACAAUUGCACAUCGUUUAUCAACUAUUCAAAAUGCAGAUAUGAUUUGUGUUAUGCAUAAUGGAAUAAUUGUUGAACGUGGAACUCAUGAAGAACUAGUUGCACUAGGCGGUCGGUAUUAUCGAUUGGUACAAGGAAAACUGAAAUAG